GCCCUGCACGAGGGAUUCCACCUGAACUCCCGUCAAACCGUCGCAAAAAAGCAUCACAAACCUCUUCUGCCUCCAACAUCUUGUCGUCAUUGUGCCUUGUGCCAGCUCAAUCUCAUCCGACCCGGACCUCCCACCCCCAUCUACGGCCCGGCGCUCUCCAGUUCGGUCCAACAAAAGUUUCAAACGCCGCACCCCACCCCAGCACCCGGAAUUUUGGCCUCGUUGAUUCGAAGCGCCAGCCGACGGUCGUUCGCGCCCACUUCCCUCUCUCCCUUCUUUUUAUGCGCCGAGCAUAGACUUGGUGUCGCCGGCCAUGGAUGACUUUGUGAGCGAGUCUGAGAGUGACUAUGCCAGCUAUUGGCGCGACUGGUUCAUCUCCUCGCGAGGCAAUGAAUACUUUUGCGAAAUCGACGAGGACUACAUCACUGACAGGUUCAACUUGACCGGUCUCAACACUGAGGUCCAGUACUACCAAUAUGCCCUCGAUCUCAUCACCGAUGUCUUCGACCUCGACUGCGACGAUGACAUGCGGGAAACAAUAGAGAAGUCUGCUAGGCACCUGUACGGUCUCGUCCAUGCUCGAUACAUUGUCACAACCCGGGGUCUUCAAAAGAUGUUCGAAAAGUACAAAAAAGCCGACUUCGGCAAGUGCCCGCGCGUCAUGUGUUCCUCGCACCCGCUCCUGCCCAUGGGCCUCUCGGACGUGCCCAACUCCAAGCCGGUGAAGCUGUACUGCGCGCGGUGCGAGGACAUCUACAACCCCAAGUCGUCGCGCCACGCCGCCAUCGACGGCGCCUACUUCGGCACCUCGUUCCACAACAUCUUCUUCCAGGUGUACCCGACCCUGGUGCCCGCCAAGAGCGUCGAGCGCUACAUCCCGCGCUGCUACGGCUUCAAGGUGCACGCCGCCGCCGCCCUGGUGCGCUGGCAGAACGGCCAGCGGGACGAGAUGCGCAGGCGGCUGAGGAAGCUCGAGGUCGAGAGCGGGUUCAAGGACGCCGAGGACGAGGCUGAGCUUGAUGAGGAUGAGGAGGACGAGGAGGAGGAGGAGGAGCUGGCUGCUAUGGAAGAGGUUGAGGGUGCCCAACAGCAACAUACGGCAGCGGCAGCAGCAGGAGCGGCGACGGGAGGCGUUGCCGCCGGUGGUGAGGGCGUUCAUUAGAAGGGGCCUGUUGCUACUGGAGGUGGAGUAGAUGAAGAGUAUUGGAACUCGGAAGCCACGAUUGGAGCCAAUCGUGGCUUCCAAGACGAUGAGCUGCAAGGCGAGCCAGCUCAGUGGGCGACACCUCAGUGGUCGACACUGGUCAUGUCUGCGGCUGCAAGGCUGCGACGGAAUCUCAGGCUAGGAGAGGAUUACGAAGAGCAGGUUGAGAUGGAGCUUGAUGAGAUGGGGGAAUAGGCGAGGGACGGGAUGUUUUGAGGUGGUGGAAUGCAUAUACCAUACAGUAUUGAGUAACAAAGUAUGAAUGAGUACAGGAUGUCUCUUUUUUUUUUCUAGUUUCUGCAUCCCAUGGGGCAAUUCAACAGCGGACUUCGGAAACGAUGUGAAUAGGAGAGAGAGAGAGAGAGAGAGAGAGCGCGCCAUUGAUAGAGUGUUUGAUGUUCUUUGGUCUAGCUAUUUGUUUUUCUACUUCCUA